GCUUCGAAGUGUCACGCAGCUCCGCACGGGCGAAGGGACCUCCACCAUUCUUGUUUUCCAGCGAAUUUAAAGUGCUCCCAGCUCAAGACUAAGACUCGUUUAAGUCAGAUAUAAGACAGCGUAUGUAACCAUGACUAAAUACGUUGGUAGACUAGUUGCGCGUGGUUUGUUGACCAGAAAGUAGCGAUUCUCCUAAUCCGGACAAACCGAGCACGGCGGUGAGAAGAAAGAAAGGAAGGAAGGAAAAAGAUAGGAACUUCAGCGAAGCAUCAAUUGAAGGAAAAUUUACAACCGAGUUUAGCCAAUAGACCAACCCUUAGAAGUUUUUUUUAUUUCCCCCCCUCGGUGGGCACAUAGAUAGUCGUACAAAGAAUAAUGGACCGAGGCGGCUGCCAGAUGAGUGGCGGCGGCGGCGGCGGUGGUGGCGGCGACGGCGGCGGCAUCGACCGACACGGGAUGAUCACACUGGAGGACCUGGAGUCCUUCUCCGAGGACCAGCUAUCAGACUCGGGUAAUGCUAGUCUUGAAGAAGAAGUAGAAACCAUGGAGGAAGACGAAAAUUCAGACCGACUGCUUCAUUACUGGCAGGAGGUGGCGAGGGGACACCAAGUGGAAGUUUCCGAAGAUAUGGCAGAGCCUAUUCAACAGCUAAGUAGCAACAACCAAGGACGCAGUCUCAGAGAACAUGUCCCUUUUAAGCUCCUCACACGCAAAGAGAAGUGUGGAGAGCUGCUAUAUGAGAAACGUCACUAUGAAAAGGGCCACUGGGCUUGUAUAACAAUGCGUGAGGACACAUAUGAACAGAGCAUUUGCUAUGGUUUCAUGAGGAUAAUGAGAUACAUCUGCCAACAGAACUCCACAGGUAACUACCUUGGCAUGACACUGCCCAUUGUGACAGUGGUGCGCACAGAUGAAAACCAUUCUGUGAUUUCCAAUGAUGUCACUGUGGCAUAUUUCCUUCCCCUUGAGCACCAGGCUCAGCCUCCACAACCUUAUGACAAUGAGAUUGUCAUAGAGGUCUGGCCUGCCACUACUGUGUACACAAGGGGCUUUACGGGUCCCACCAAUGAAGUGACCAUCAUUAAUCAGAUCAACACCAUGGCUGAGCUGCUAGACUCUCCAGGUGUGUGUGUCAACGAUUCAUUCAUCGUGGCUGGCUACACCAAUCCUGCACACAGCAACCGUCAGAAUGAGAUCUGGUUCCUAGAGCCACGCUAACAGAAACAUGGUAUCCUACCAGUGACCCCUGAGCCUCACACUCUUAACACUGCCCCAGCUCAGCCACAGCCUCAGGUCCAACAUCAUCUGUAGUCCCCAUCUCUACCUGAAAUGAACACCAGCCCAGCACACUCCAGAGCUGAUGAGUUUUGAUUUAAACAAAGAGAGAAAAAAAAGCUAAGUCAUUACUUUAGUGAUUUUUACUCAGUGACUUUUCUUCUGUGUUCAUUUUAGAUAAAUUCUUUGUUUCGUUUCACACACAAGAUACAGAACUGAACUACCCUCUGCCAUAUGGUGCACCACAUUCACCUCCUGCUUUGAGAUAGCUAACAACUUUCCUGAGCACAGUGCCCUCUUGCUGAAAAUUUAGAUAGUUCUAAUUGUUUUGUCAGAAACAUGCAGCUGUCUGCUCAUUCAUGACCAAGCUUACAAUGGACAUGCAGCCUUACUAUGCUGCUUGUCUGUUGCACAGCCAUAAUGUCUAGUCAUGUGAGGGACAUUGUCGCUCUGUAACUUGAUAUUGUUGCUCCUCUCUUUCUUUAUUACAUGAUUCACUACAUGUUGUAAGUCACACUUCAUAUUAUGUGUCAACAGAAGGUGCGAUAUUUAUUAGAAGACCAAUCAUCAAGCCAAUUUAUGGGCCACUAGCCUAACCCAACCAAAGGGUGUGUUAAGUUGCUAAUGCUUUGGACUAAGGGGAGGGGGAUAUGCAGCAGGCUUCAAAUCCCUGUCCAAUAGACAUUAUCCAGACCAGAACUAGAGACUUCAAACAUAAAAACUGCAACAUAAAUUGUGACUCUAGCUUAAAAGAAACAAGUAAUUAUGAACAUUAGAUGUUUAUGUGUUUGUGAAUGAAUGUACAACUACAGGCAUCACACUCCUUCAAACCAAAUGCUAAAAACUCUGAUUACAGUGCUGAAUGACAAUCAAAAAGUACAACAGAUUACAUACAGUUGUUUCUCUUUAGUGUCAGUGAUGCAAAGUUAUGCAUUCCUCAUGUUUCACCACACUUGUUUACACAAGAGUAUUUACCAGUGUACUUCUGUCAUGCUCUUUCUACUUGCUACUCUGUGUCAAUGUUAGUAAGCAUUCGUUAAUGUAUUGCAAACACUACUGCUGCUGAGUAGAGACAAUGCAAGCAAGAAAAUAAAUAGUGCACAGAGAAUAUCUACUGUGAUUAUAGUUUUAAAAAUAUAAGAAAGAUAAAUUCUGUUUUAGUUUAAACUGUAUGUUUUAUCACCAAUUAAGAUGAGUCUUUUAAGUCAGGGAGAUUUGUAAGCUAAUUUUAGCUAUAUUUUAAAAUUAAACUUGCCAGUGCGAUGCAUUAAAAUAAAACAAGUUAUAAUGCCAGCUUGGCCUGGUGCUAACAGGAGAUGAUUCUGCUCUGGACAUGUACAUUUACCACUGGGGUGCCAGUGAAAUAUAACUGGAAGUGAACUAGCUAAAUCAUCACUCUAGAGAGAUCUGUUUUUAUUUUUAUUUUUUUAACCGAGAGGAGUGUCUUAAGAAAUGCUAAGGCAAACAGUUGACGCUUAUUGAAUGUGUGGAAAAUGAAAGCUAAAUUCAGUCCCAACUGGAAGGAAGCUAGCCAGUUUUAUUUAGUAAAUAACUGUAGUACUGGGUUGGGAGGUUGCCCGGUCUUGAUGUAACUCAGUUUGGUUGACAUCAAGGCAUCUAAAUCCAAAGAAUUUAUUUUUAAAAUUUAAUUAUAGUAACAUUAAAGUGUGUCAACACUUAAAAAGCCAUUAUACGUGUAAGUUGAUUUUCCCUUUAAGAGUCUGGCUAUUACUUUUUUGUUGUUGUUUUUCCCCUUUCUUUUCUAGUGUUUUGCAAAAAUGUGAUGUACUGUGAAAAAAUCAAGUGCGACAAACAUACGCUACUGUGGUUUUCUUUGUUCAAUAAAAAUGUGCUUGUCUCCUG